UAUCUAGAUUUAAACGCAUUCAACUGUUUGAGAUGUACACAGCUUUGCUUGUUGCCUAUCUGCUGUUGCACUUGGGGGCAGCACCAGGAUCUGCAGAUGAGACGCCGCCGUUGCCCACGGCUUCAGGCAGGGGUCACUAUGGCCACGGCGCCGUUGGUUGGUAUCAGCCGGAUAACAGCGGCAAGUAUCGACACGAUCCCAGGCCAUAUGAUGGCGGCUAUGGAGACAGCGGUCAGCCCUAUGCAAGUGAUCUGCGUGGCAUCUUUCGGCAGGCUGAGCAGCAGCUGGCCGCCAGCGUACAGGAGGCUGAGGAAAACUUUGCUUUGGGACCGCGUGAUCAUCUACGCUUCAUGAUCGACUUCAACUACAAUGGCACCGGCUGGCAAAUAAUUCAAUUUGAAUGGGUACGAGACGGCGAUGGCACAACCGAGGAUCAGCGACAGUUCAGCUAUGUGAACGAGAACAGGCUCUGGGAUACAGAUCAAUCUCAGUCCCAGCCAGCAGGCAACUAUGAGUAUGAACAGCCGCAGCCAGUGGAACACAACUGUGAGCAGCAGCAGCAGCAGAGCUAUCAAGAAGAGUACGCACAGCCAAAGAUUAAUGCAGAAAAGGAUCCCCAAAAAGUGCAAUCAACUAUUAAUGAAGUGCUGGAGUAUAUUCAACGACAGAUUCUUCCGAAUCUUAACUAAAUGAAAUAUGAAGAAUAAAUAUGAAUUAUAUUUGAAAUAUAAAGCCUUGAAAUAAUG